CAAUCGAAAGCGGUACGGACGUGAUAGCUCUAAACGGCUCUCGGCGGUGCGUUUGAUUAUUGUUGCUGAUAGUAAAAUAAAUCCACGAUUAUGAGAACUCGAAAGUGCUAAUAAAAAUUACGAAAAAAUAAUUCAUCAAAUUAAAGUGCCUUUUAAAUCGACAGCUUCAAGUGCCAUAUACUUAAAUUAAUUUCCACAUUUUCUGGUGUAUAAAAAUUUAGUUUUCUAAAAAUGUGGCUUCAUAUAUUUAGCAUAACCUUCUUGGCGCUAAGUGCUGGGACAAGUGCAUCGAAUUUGGAUCGGUAUGAGGGAUACAACAAAUACACUGUAUUUCAUGACGGGGAGGAUGCUUUCAAUUAUCUCGUUGAUUUGCAAACAGAAUCCGCUGAACUGGACUUUUGGUUGCUCACACGCAAUAUGUCGGUCGUGACAGUUUCACCCACAGAACAACCAAUUUUCGAGGCACGUCUCAACGAUCUGAAUGCCCAAUUUGUGGUUAAGCCAUUGAUGGAGGAAAUGCACGCUUUCAAUGAUACACUGGAAAAUUGUGAGGGUUCCGAAUGUGAGCUGAAUCGGCCACGACGUCAGGCACGCGGUUUUUUCUCACAUUUUCCGCGCUACUCAGAGAUUUUAAAUUUCAUGAGUACUUUGGCCGCGCGUCAUCCGCAAUAUUGUCGCUAUGAAUCGUUGGGCCGCUCCUUUGAGGGUCGCCAUAUUGCUGCGCUCUCCAUCUCGCUAAACAGCCGUGUGCGUGAUCGUCGCGUUGCCUACAUACAGGCAGCAGCGCAUGGACGCGAGUGGAUCACACCACAAACUGUGCUCUAUUUGGCCAAUGAGCUGUUGAAUAAUAUACGCGCCUUCCAACGCGUACUGCAGGAUGUUGAGGUGUACCUGGUGCCGUUGGUCAAUCCCGAUGGUUACGAGUACUCAUUCACGCAUGAUCGCUUUUGGCGCAAAAAUCGUCAUCGCUACGCCGGCCGUUCCUGCUCUGGUGUGGACAUCAAUCGUAAUUUCCCAAACAACUGGAAUUAUCUUGGUGCAAGUCAAAAUCUUUGCUCUGAGGUUUACUCAGGUACUGGUCCCACAUCCGAACCGGAAACUGCUGCCAUCGCACGCUAUUUGGAGUACAAUCGAAAUCGCAUAAAACUGAGCUUGGAUGUGCACUCAUUUGGAAAGUUCUUGUUUUAUCCCUUUGGCUAUUCGAAAAAUGCUGUUGCUCCCACACGCAAUCUGCUACAUUCGGUCGCCCAGCGCGCCGCCAACCAAAUAGCCAAGUAUCGUGGCACCCACUACACCAUUGGCACUUCGGCUGGUAUUCUUUAUGAGGCUUCUGGCGGCUUAGAUGAUUAUGCGUAUGGCAAUUUGGGCAUCCCCAUGUCCUUUACGGUCGAGUUGCCUGGUGAGAAUUUCCAAGUGGCUACUUCUGAUAUCAUUCACAUCUGCAAAGAGACAUUCGCUGGUUUCAUCGAAUUUAUUCGACACGUUAGUUUGUAUUAGUGCAAAUAUUCUAGUAUUGUGUUGUUGUGGCGAAUGUUAAUUAUGUACUUAAGUACCUAAUACUAUUUUUGUGUGUGUUAAUUAGUUUUAUAUUUAAGUAGCAACUGCGUG